AUGUCUCGAUCAAGAUCAAAGGUCAAUGUCGCCUUCGUGGAGGAUUGUGAAGGCUCCGAUGAUAGCUCUCCAGAAGGCAACGCGCGCAGCCGUGUCUACGCCAUGUCGGAGCCUCCAGACUCCCCUUCUCCUCCUCCCGCCAAAGAGAUCCCAAAUACUAGCAAGUCGCGCUCGGACAAGUACCGGUCUAGCGCUAGAAGGGGCACAUCCUCUGCAAGUAGCUCUGAUGGCACCGGACAUUCCUCUCGAAAGGGGAGGAGCGAGAAGCGGGAGAGAGAUACCCGCGAGUCUCGCAGAAAGGAAGCUGAUCGCCAAGAGGAGUUGAGAAAAAGAGAUAAGAAAGACGAAAGAAGACAAAAGGCAAUCGAGAGGGCCCAAAGGGAGUCUACCAAGGCUCUCAAAAAGGUCCGUCCUUCCGGGCCCAAGCAUUCUGCCACACAGCCGAUGAUGUCACCGCCAGACCACAGGUCUAACUACGACGACCAAUCGACCUAUGGCGUUCCUCAAUACGGUCCUCCUGCUGGCUCUCGUCCCCGGGCAAGCACCAGACCUGCAAGUUAUUACUCUGGGCAAUCUGCUCGCCCCCCACCCUCGGCAACGGGCUUUCCUCCAGGCCAUGGUCCACCACCGCCUCCAUCACCAUUCUCAGUCGGCACAUUUCCUCCGCCUCAGAUGUAUCCUAUGAUGCCUCCCCCUUCAAGCGUUCAUUCAGGACCGCCAACUCGCUCUCCAGGCGGAAUGUCGGCUUACUUUGACAAUGGACCCCCGCCAGCCUUGCAUGGCAGGGAUCUCCGCUCACGCUUCGAAACCAGACCGUCUUCGGCGUUGGGUUUCAGCCCAUCCCAGCGCAGCUAUCUGCAGGAGCAAUUUGCAUAUGACGACGAGCCAACCCAUAGGCCACCAACACGCACUUCUCGGACUAAGAAGCAUGAGAUUGAAGAUGAUAGAAAGCGAAUGCCUCCGCCAGAUUAUGUUCCCAUGCGACCAAGAACCACAGCAAACUCCUCGACACCCUUCCAUCCUCCUCCUAAUCGCCCAUCCUCUCGCCACGGCCGAACAGCGUCUAGGUCCAAGCCCUGCCGCAGAGCGCCUGGGUACGCGUACGAGGAUGACGACUUCUUGGGUGACGAUGGACUCUACCAGGACAUUAUGCUAGACAACGGCUCGUACGACUCUCGGCGGAUGGCAUUAUCUCGACCUCAACGUCGUGACUCAAUGUAUGAGGAUGACGACGAGGAAUACGACGUUGGUCCGAUCAAUGGUCGGAUGAGCAGACGCGGCAGCGUCUACAAUUCCCAUGCUCUUGGCACUGGAGGCGUCAGUCUAGAUGACAACAACAAGUACAUGAGCGCCCUCCGGUAUCAGGACGAUGUCUCCGGUGUAUCCCCCAUGCCUCUUACUGCGGAGAGCCUACGCAAGGCAAAUAGACGUGGUGAGGUGGCCAGCAGCCGAUCCACAAGGAGCAGUGGCAGCCACGAUGAUAGCGAUUAUAAGCGCAGCAAUACGACAGGCUUUACGCAAUCAUCGAAUGGCGAGGACUUCACUAUCAAAGUUUCGGGUGCAGCUGUAGUCAGGCUUGGCAACGCGGAGAUUGAAUGCGAAGAUAGCGAGAUUACCUUUAGUAACGGGAUGCCACGCUUCGGUGCUGACCAAGCUAGCACCAUCUAUCAACUUGAGGACAGCCGCAGCCGCAUCGAGCGAAAGGCUCUUCCUCACAGGCCUCGCGCGCCGAGCCACUCAGAGGCUCGAAGCCGAGGAUACGCACCAAGCCAUGCACCAUACGAGUCUCCUUUCCCGAGCUUUUACUGA